AUGUCCAGCACUGCGCCCCGCCCGCCCCGGUUCUAUCUCGGGGACGAAGACGAAUGCGAUGAAGACUACGACGUGUAUCUGUUCUAUCCUUCUCAGAAUCGAGUGUCUCAGUUCUCCGAGCCCGACUGGGACAGCGACGCGUGUUCCGAUUGUUCAGAAGUCUCUCCCCGCUCCUCGACGUCCUACACCACUGAAAUCGACACGCCCCCUGGCCUCUCGGCCUCCGUUUCGUCCCUCGCGUUGUCUCCAACGUACACGGUCGACGAGACGUUCGCCUUUCCCGACGCGGAUCCCGACGACGGCAUCUCGGCGAUGGGGUACAGCAAAGUGUUCCGGGCGGGGUUUUGGGCACAGUCGUGUCGGAUACCGUGGACGUUUGGUGAGGUAGUGGCCUUGAUUCUCGGGCGGUUGCGCCGUUGGAAGGCGCGUCUGAUUCGAACCCAUGCCGUCCAGGAGUCGUCGGCAGCUCGGACGGUGUAG